AUGGCUACAACAACGACCACAGCUGAUCUAGCGACAGCCACUGCUGCUCCAACCACAACAACUGCUGCAGCAAUGACCACAAAUGCUUCACCCACGACAACAAGAAGCGUUACAACAACCACAUCUGCUCCAACAACUACUAAAGUCACCCAAAACACAACAGGUGCUUGA